AUGUUUUUAAGAAUUCGCUAUUCCUUCAGUCAAUGGCUGAAACCAUUGCACAGUUGCUCAUAUGGCACCUUUCUAAGAACCUUAACCACAACUAACUCUCCCGCCACCCCAACAUUUGACGCCAAAUUUGAAAAUGUUAGCCAACUGGAAAAGGCAAUUUCUCUCUUUUACGAUCUCAGCUUCCCACCUAAUUUCUCACUGCCAUAUGCUAGGCUUUUCCAAGCAUGCGCUCGCCACAAUAGACUCGACUUAGGCCAAGAUCUCCACCACCAUUUGCUCACCCAUGAAACCACCGAGGAUAUUGACUUGUACACUACCAACCACCUGAUUAAUAUGUAUGCCAAGUGUGGUGAUUUGUGUACUGCCUACCAGAUGUUCGAAAAAAUGCCUCACAAGAAUAUUUUCUCUUGGACUUCUUUAAUUUCUGGUUAUUCUCAACAUGGAAAAGUUGAUGAAUGUUUUAGUAUGUUUACCGAUAUGUUAGCUCACUGUAGGCCCAAUGAUUUUGCUUACACCAGCGUACUGUCGAUAUGUGAUGGUUUUAAGGGUAGGCAAGUGCAUGGAGUUGUUGUAAAAACAGGAUUUGGUGCAUAUGUCUAUGCAGCGAAUGCUUUGAUUACCAUGUACUGGAAGAGCAGAGAGACGGGAUUUUGCAGAAUUUACAGCAAUAGUGAGGAGGCUUGGAGGGUAUUUGACGGGAUGGAGUUCCGCAAUCUUGUAACUUGGAACUCAAUGAUUGCUGGAUUCCAAAUGCUGGGACAGUGUUCAAAUGCUGUUAAUUUUUUCAUCACAAUGUGUAGAGACGGUGUUGGGUUUGAUCGUGCUACGCUUGUAAGUGUCCUUUCUGCAUUUUCUGAAAAUAGUGAAUACGAAUAUGUUUCAAGCCUCAAGUCUUGUUUUCAAAUACAUGGUAUUGUUAUAAAGGCCGGGUUUAAGUUGGAUGUUGCAGUGGUGACUGUACUACUGAGUGCUUAUUCGAUUCUUGGAGGAGAGGUUGCUGAUUGUCAUAAGUUGUUUAUAGAGACUAAUGGGUGCCGAGAUGUUGUCUUAUGGACUGGUAUUAUCACUGCUUUUGCUGAUAGAAAACCUGGGGAAGCCCUUUUACUUUUUAAUUUGUUGCGCACAGAGGGGUUGAAUCCUGAUUGUUAUGCCUUUUCGAUUGUAUUAAAGGCUUGUGGAGGAUUUUCUAAUGACAAGCAUGCCCUGGCCGUGUACUGUUUAAUAACUAAAGUUGGUUUCACAAAUAACGUAGUUCUUCAGAAUGCUUCAAUUCAUGCAUUUGCAAGGUGUGGCUCACUUAGCCAAGCUGCGGUCAUCUUUGAUGAAAUGAGAAUAAGGGAUGUAGUUUCUUGGAACUCAAUAAUAAAAGCUUUUGCUUUACAUGGGCAAGGGAAGCAGGCAUUGGACUUGUUCAAACAAAUGGAUGUUGAACCUGAUGCAACCACCUUUGUUGCUCUUCUCUCCGCUUGUAGUCAUUCGGGAAUGGUGCAUGAAGGGGUUGAAAUAUUUGAUACCAUGUCCAACAGCUAUGGGGUUGUUCCCCAACUUGAUCACUAUGCCUGCAUGGUUGACAUUCUUGGGCGAGCUGGGCAUCUCGUUCAGGCUGUGAAGCUCAUAAGGGAAAUGCCCAUGCAACCGGAUUAUGUUGUCUGGAGUGCUUUGGUAGGAGCCUGCCGGAAACACGGUGAAACACAGUUAGCCAACUUUGCUGUAUCAAAACUAAGGGAGUUGGAUCCAGAAAAUUCUCUAGGAUAUGUAGUAAUGUCAAACAUACACUGUUCCACUGGUAGUUUUGAUGUAGCUAGUCUAAUAAGGAAGCGAAUGAAAGCACUUGGGGUACAGAAGGAGCCUGGCUUGAGCUGGACUGAUAUUGGUAAUCAAGUUCAUGAAUUUGUUUCAGGGGGUGGAGCACACCCACAAAGAGAGACAAUCCGCACUAAUACGAAAGAACUAGUUGGAAAAUUGAAGACACUUGGCUAUGUUCCUCAAACUAGUUUGGCCUUGCACGAUAUUGAAGAAGAGCACAAAGAGGAAGAAUUAUACUACCACAGUGAGAAGUUGGCUCUGGUGUUUACUUUGAUGAGCACUUCUGAUUUGAAUUGCAAGUUGGAUGCUGUUAGGAUCAUGAAGAAUAUUCGUAUUUGUCCAGACUGUCAUAAUUUUAUGAAAUUAGCAUCACAAUUAAUUCAAAGGGAGAUUGUUGUGAGAGAUUCAAACCGUUUCCACAAUUUUAUGAAGGGGUUUUGCUCUUGUAAUGAUUACUGGUAA